AGGAUGGUCUUUUUGAUUCCAGCCCCUCUUUCUGAACAUCACUCUCAGUCCUGCUAAAUCUCCCUUUAAGGUUUCUCCGUUUCGAGUUCAACAUGGGAUUUUCAAUGCAAUGGAUUUGUCUCACUGUACUUUCAUGUCUCCUUUGUAUGGGAGGGGAAGUACGUUGUGAUUGCACAGAGGAGAGAAUACAAAUUGCAGGAGGCCAUUACACCUUCACCAAGCAGCUAAAUAAAGACAGCAUGUUGAUCUACCAGUGUCCCGACGACUACUAUCCGUACCCCCAUUUGACCCGCAUGUGCCAACCUGAUGGCAGCUGGAGACCACCACCCAAAAGAUUUCCCCCUCAGAAAUGCAAGGUUGUUGAAUGCCCGGACCCCAAUGUGCUGCAGAACGGAAACGUCUCGCCAUUUCUGGAGAGAUACUUUGUGCACAACGAGACCACGUAUGAGUGCUACUCGGGAUACACAUUGAAAGGCUCCACCAAACGUGUAUGCUUGCCGAAUGGGAAGUGGAGCGGCUCCACGCCCAUCUGUAGCCGGGACACAGCAGAGAACAAUUGUGCUGAUCCGGGAAUCCCCGCCGGCACCUCAAGAACAGGGGACAUAUUCGGAAUUGACAAUACAGUAAAAUACAGCUGCAUUGGCAACCUAUUGUUGGUGGGCUCUGAAGAGAGACUGUGUCAGGAGAAUGGCCAGUGGACCGGCAUAGAGCCAACAUGCUACUAUAGACACACCUAUGACACUUCUUUGGAAGUCUCAGAGUCAUUUGGCAGCGCGAUCAGAGACAGCUUAACCAUUUUAGAGCCCUCAGAUGAAACACAGCUGGGGAGAAAAAUCAGGAUUCCAAAACAUGGCACACUCAACAUCUACAUUGGGGUGGACAUUUCUGAGAGCAUCGAACAGGCAGAAGUUGAUAAGGCAAUAAAUGCUAUCACAGUACUUAUUUCAAAGAUUUCCUCCUUCAGCGUGACUCCAAAUUAUGAAAUAGUCUUUUUCUCCUCUGAAGUGUUUGAAGUUGUCAAAAUUCUUGAUUUUCUGGAUAAAGACAUAAAGCCAAAAAACAUGUUGGAUGAAAUGAAAAAAUUUAAAGUAGAUGACAAAAACACAGGGACAGAUCUGAACCUCCUCUUUAAAACAUUUCUGGAGAGAAUGUCCAUAAUGAAGCAACGAGUUGGAGACAAGAAUUUUGAGGAACAUCGCCAUGUCCUAAUGGUUUUCACAGACGGGGCUUAUAAUAUGGGUGGAUCACCCGAUCGUACCGUGCAGAAAAUAAAAAACAUGGUCUACCUGGAUCCCACUGGUCAAAAGAAGAAUGAGUCAAGAGACGAAUAUCUGGACAUUUAUAUUUUUGGCGUUGGAAAGGAUAUCCUGGACACGGAGCUCAUGCCACUCACAGCAGGAAAAGACGGCAAGCAUUACUUCAGAAUGAAGGACAUAACAAAUUUAAACGAGACAUUUGAUGAAAUAAUUGAUGAAGAAGAAGUCAAGGGUCUAUGUGGUCUUCACAAGGAAUAUGAAGCAGUAGAAAAUGCCGUUAGGAAAAAGUAUCCAUGGUCGGCGUUCAUCAGAGUCGAGAGAGAGAAGCCAAGUAACUGCAUCGGCUCUUUGGUGACCUCUAAGUUCAUCUUGACUGCUGCUCACUGCUUCAAAUUUGGAGAUUUAGCUGAACAUGUCAAAGUCGAAAUUGGUGAUGGAGGGAUCAGCGAACUUGUUGAGGAGUUCAAAUUACACCCAAACUACAAUAAUACAGCAAAAGAGAAUAAGGGGGUGAAGGAGUUUUAUGAUUAUGAUGUGGCUCUUAUCCAACUGAAGAAUGAUGUUAAAAUCUCAAACAUCGCUAGACCUAUUUGCAUACCUUGCACUAUUGCGACCAGUAAUGCUCUACAACUGGUUGGCGCUUCCACCUGCAGGCAACAAGAGGAGAUUCUGCUCAAGAAUCAUCUUGAAAGACUCAAUUUCCUGACAAAAAGAGGAAACACGGUCGCUUUAAAAGAGGCCCAUGCAAAGCUGGGUGGAAAUAGAGGUGAUUGCAUCAGACAUGCAUUGGAAGCACCAGGCAUAACAACUGCCAAUGUAAGUGAAGUUGUGACCGAUAACUUCAUAUGCACUGGCGGUCGGACUCCUUUCAGAGAUCAUAUAGCAUGCCACGGUGACUCUGGAGGUGCUGUGUUUAAGAACUAUGAGCGUCGCACCAUACAGGUUGCAUUGGUCAGCUGGGGAAACGAGGAUUUGUGCGGGUCCGGUGGUGGUGUCAUUGAGUCAGGAGAGAAGUCAAGAGAUUUCCAUAUCAAUCUUUUUAGAGUUAUCCCUUUUCUCAAAUCGAUCCUUGGAAAAGAGGACCAGACCGAUUACACACCUUUGGAAUUUUUGCCAAACUAAAAUGUAUUUUCAGACUGUAAUUUGUUUUGCCAUUUAAAAUGUGUGUACACUGAAUGUCUAAACACGUUGGUUUAUGUACCUUUGCAAUGAAAUGCUCACCUUUUCAGAUGUUUUCUUGUCAAAAGCAUACAUAAAAAAGAGCAUACACAAAGAAGAA